UGCCCAGCAUCGGGCGUCGUGUGCAUCGGCCGAUCAAGGGGCGAUGCUAGUCCCUCUCGAAAAGAAAAAAAAAACAGACGAGGAAAACGAAAGUCGAUAAAUAACUCUCAUCCCGUCUGGCCCGGUCGUGGACUCUCUCUCACUCUUUCUCUCCUCACCACGAGCUGUUUGCCUACUACAGUCCUCUUCGCCUCCACUGUAAUAAUACUCAUCCAAACCACCUUCGCUCGCCAUCAGGACCAGUCUGUUGCUUAGCUUCAAGCCCAAUCCAACCCGCCCAACAUGAAGACCACUCUCAUCCUCGCUGCCGCCGCCGGCGCCCUGGCCCAGAACCUCUCUGGCAUGCCCGCCUGCGCUACCUCCUGCAUCAGCGCCGCCGUCUCCUCGGCCGGCUGCGCCCAGACCGACGUGGCCUGCCAGUGCGGCACCGCUGCGGCGCCCAUCGCCACCAUCGCCGGCGCCUGCGUGCUGGGCGUGUGCCCGGCCUCCGAGAUCAACAACGUGAUCGCCGCCGGCUCGGCCCUGUGCGCUGCGGCCGCUUCGACGACGGGCGUGACGGCCAGCACCUCGCGCACCACGGGCACCGUCAGCGCCACGCUGAGCAACAACUCUACCACCGUCGUCGCUCCCGUCACCACCAGCACCGGCUCCGUCACCCUGACGGGCACCAACGGCACGCUGUCCACGUCCUCCCGCUCCGGCACCGGCGGCUCCGUCGUCACGUCGACCUCCACCCCCGGCGGCACCGGCACCGGCACCACCGCCCGCGGUGGCUCCACCACCUCCACGGCCAACCCCAACGCCGCCGCCACCCCUGCCAUCCUGGGCGCCGGUGCCCUGUUCGGCUUCCUGGGCUUCGCUGCUGCUCUGUAAAUUGAGUGUGCUGGACAAUGAGUGUGAGAGGAAAACGUCUAAAAAAGACCAACUUAAUGAUAAUAACGAGGACGGCAAAUGAAUCUCUUUGGGUGGCAUUGCAUGGCUUUUUAUGAGGAGGAAUGCAAUCCCGCACGACGCUCUUUUGAACUGUUUAUACCCAAGACGGG